CUCCGGAACGUACAAGCGCAGCUGGCACAGCAGACACGGAGCUCUGGUCCCCGGAGGUCUGGUACCCGGAGCCCCGUCCCCAAAGCCGCUCCGCGCCGCAGGACACCAGGAUGAGCGCCCUGGGGAGACCCGGACCCUUUGGACUUGGUGGAGAGCAGCGCACGGAGAACAGCGGGAUUUAGUGAAGUUCACAGCGGAUUCAGGAUUUCUCACUGAUUCCCCAGUCAGUCGCUCUGCGAGCGCUCACACUUCAGGAUUCUAGCAGUUUGGUGGAUUUGUGUGAAGUUGUCUGGAAAAUAAAGGCUGGCUGGUUUUUAAUGAAAGCUGGAAUCUGAAAGGUCGUUUUCUGUCAAAACAGGAUAUUUGGGCCAGCGUCCAGGAGUUGGUGGACGGUUUCUCGGGCGUCUGCGGCCGCCGUUCUGCGGGCAGCAUGCAGGUGGAGGAUGCUGUCUGAGGUGGAGUCGGGCCUCCCUGCUCUGCGUCGGACCUCUCCGUCCAGAGGAAUGACGGCUCUGUGGCGCUCGCUCUGGCUGUCUCUCCUCCUGCCGCUCUGCGUCGCUGCAGCCCGGCUGCCCACCGCUCAGCCCACAGAGUCCGUGUCCAGCGAGACAGCCUUCCUGGAGGACUUUGUCCUGGGCAUGGGGGACACCCUGGACCUGUCCUGUGACCCAGAGGACCCCUCGGAGCCCGUGGUCUGGUUCAGAGACGGGGCUGGACUCGUACCCGGCGAACGGACGCGGCUGAGCCAGAGGAUGCUACGGAUCAUCAACGUGUCGUACGAGGACUCUGCGGUCUACUCGUGCCGGCUAGCCCGGAGCAACGCGCUGGUCAGCAACUACACCAUCAGGGUGACAGAUUCUCUGUCAUCUGGUGAUGACGAAGACUACGACGACUACCCAGAAGAUGCAGGUAAUGACAAUGUGGCCCCGCAUUGGACCAGGCCCGACCGGAUGGACAAGACGCUGUUGGCCGUCCCCGCAGCCAACACCGUCAAGUUCCGCUGCGCCGCGUCCGGAAACCCGACGCCGUCCAUCCACUGGCUGAAGAAUGGCAAGGACUUCAAAGGCGAGCAGAGGAUGGGGGGCAUCAAGCUGCGGCACCAGCAGUGGAGUCUGGUGAUGGAGAGCGCCGUGCCGUCGGACCGGGGGAACUACACCUGCGUGGUGCAGAACAAGUACGGCACCAUCAGCCACACCUACCGGCUGGACGUUCUGGAGCGUGCUCCUCACAGGCCGAUCCUGCAGGCCGGCCUGCCGGCCAAUCAGACGGUGGUCGUCGGCAAUGACGUGGAGUUCCACUGUAAAGUUUACAGCGACGCCCAGCCGCACAUCCAGUGGCUCAAACACAUCGAGGUGAACGGCAGCCGCUACGGCCCCGACGGCGCUCCCUACGUCAACAUCCUGAGGACGGCCGGUAUUAACACUACAGAUAAGGAGCUAGAGGUUCUCUUCUUGACCAAUGUGACUUUUGAGGAUGCGGGCGAGUACACUUGUCUGGCAGGGAACUCUAUCGGCAUUGCUUACCAUUCUGCUUGGCUGACGGUUCUUCCAGCAGUGACCCCGGAGAAGGAGGACUACUACGCCGACAUCCUCAUCUACGUGACGGGCUGCGUGCUCUUCAUCCUGGGGGUGGUCAUCGUCAUCCUGUGCCGCAUGAGGAUGACCACGCAGAAGACGCUGCCCACGCCGCCCGUGCAGAAGCUGUCCAAGUUCCCCCUCAAGAGACAGGUGUCCUUGGAUUCCAACUCGUCCAUGAACUCCAACACCCCCCUGGUGCGGAUCGCCCGCCUGUCCUCCAGCGACGGGCCCAUGCUGGCCAACGUGUCGGAGCUGGAGCUGCCCUCCGACCCCAAGUGGGAGUUUCCCCGGACGCGGCUGACCCUGGGGAAACCUCUGGGGGAGGGAUGCUUCGGACAGGUGGUCAUGGCUGAGGCCGUCGGCAUCGACAAGGAGAAGCCCAACAAGCCGCUCACCGUCGCAGCCAAGAUGCUGAAAGAUGACGCAACAGAUAAGGAUCUGUCUGACCUGGUGUCCGAGAUGGAGAUGAUGAAGAUGAUAGGCAAACACAAAAACAUCAUCAACCUGCUGGGAGCGUGCACACAAGACGGGCCCCUGUACGUGCUGGUGGAGUUCGCCUCUAAAGGGAACCUGCGGGAGUACCUGCGGGCGCGGCGGCCCCCGGGCAUGGACUACUCGUUCGACACCUGCAAGAUCCCCGACGAGCAGCUCACGUUCAAGGACCUGGUGUCCUGCGCCUACCAGGUGGCCCGGGGCAUGGAGUACCUCGCCUCACAAAAGUGCAUCCACAGAGACCUGGCGGCCAGGAACGUCCUCGUAACGGACGACAACGUGAUGAAGAUCGCUGACUUCGGGCUGGCCAGAGAUGUGCACAACAUAGACUACUACAAGAAGACCACCAAUGGUCGUCUUCCCGUGAAAUGGAUGGCCCCGGAGGCGCUGUUCGACCGGGUCUACACGCACCAGAGCGAUGUGUGGUCGUACGGGGUGCUGCUGUGGGAGAUCUUCACCCUGGGGGGCUCCCCGUACCCGGGGAUCCCCGUGGAGGAGCUGUUCAAGCUGCUGAAGGAGGGACACCGCAUGGACAAGCCGGCCAACUGCACACAUGAACUGUACAUGAUCAUGAGGGAGUGCUGGCACGCCGUGCCGUCCCAGCGGCCCACGUUCAGGCAGCUGGUGGAGGAUCACGACCGGGUCCUGUCCAUGACCUCCACAGAUGAGUACCUGGACCUGUCGGUUCCCUUCGAGCAGUACUCCCCCACCUGCCAGGACUCCAACAGCACCUGCUCCUCGGGGGACGACUCCGUGUUCGCCCACGACCCGCUGCCCGACGAGCCCUGUCUUCCCAAGCAGCCGCCCAGCAACGGCGUGAUCAGGACAUAAACCCCGCGCCGGGGCUGCUGGACGGACGUUAGCCUCCUCUCAGAGACCCGGAGACACAAACUCAGCAUGCAAUACUUCCACAGCUCUCCAGCUCUCCUACACUCAAACAGCUUCUUCCUUUUCCUCGUCUCCCAAAGUCAACGUUGAAGGAUCUUUUUCUUUUUUUUUUUGUGGUUGUUGACCCAUGUUUGUUUUUUUCUUCUUUUCAAAAUGAAAGUAUAUUUUUGUACUCGGGCCAGUCUUUUCUUACGGACAGCGUGUUGGGGAGAAACCAUUCCGUGCCUAAGGGGUUUUCUACUUCCUGAACCUGAACUCAGAAGGAUGUGAGAGGAGGAAACGGUGGCGGGGGAGCGGCGUUGUCCUCUCGUCUGCAGAGCCCUGAGAUCACGGCCGCGGUCGUGAUCCAGAACAGAAAUCGGUGAAAUCAGA